AUGCUCGCAACCCCACGACUCGCGGUUUCGCUGGUUUUUCACCACAGCGUCAACACUUUUCAGACGACUCGCUCCGAGAACGACACGGAGUUUCACCGGGCGAGCGGAGGGUCGGGGGAGCGCGGCCCCGCCAGCCCGCCGGGGCAGGAAGCGCCCUCCGCCCACCCGCCCACCCGCCCGUCCGUCCCGUCCCGCCGCCUCACGGCGCCUCGGCGGAGUCACGAGUCGAGGAGUUUCGGGCACUUACUGCCCUGGGACAACCCAGCGCCCGCCGCCGCCGCUUCCUUCCCCAAGUCCUUCCCGCCCCGCCGCCUCCCUCCCUGCCGGCGGGACGCGGCGCUGCCCCAGCCCCGCGGCGGGACAGCGGAGCCCAGCACCGCCUCCCGCCGGGGAGCUCCUUCCCCCCCCCCCCCCCAGGCAGCCCCCGGCUCCCAACAUGGCCGCGGGAAAGCGGCCGGAGCCCCGGCGGAGAAGGACUCCACGAGGAAAGUUUCCCUCCCGCUCCCCAGCCGGCCCGAACCCGGGCCGAACCCCGGCCGCCAAGAACGCAGCCAAACGGCGCUGCUCACCCGGCUUACCAGAUGUGACCUUCAAUUAUUUUCUUUGAUGAGAUCGAUGCUCUUGCUCCUGUACAUGCCAGCAAACAAGACCAGGUUCAUAGGAACACUGCUGGCACUAAUAGAUAACUUAGCCUGCAGAGAGGUUGUGGUAAUCAGAGCCAUCAGCAGACUGGGUUCCUUAGAUCCUGCUUUACAAAGACCUGGAUGCUUUGCACAAGAACUCCGCUUCAACUUGUCAGACGAAGAGGUCAGAACUUCAACUCAGCCUUAGUGCUUAUGUGGCAAAGUCCACCUUUAUAACAAAUCCCUGUAACAAGGCAGCAUCGCAGAGCAGUGCAGGUCUCCAUCAGCAGUGUCCAGCCUGGACACAAGAGGGCUGUCUGGAGACUGCAUUUUUGUGGAGGCCAGACCUGGUAUAUCACGGUAUC